AUGGUUAAAGGUUAUGGUAGGAAAAACAUUUCCCCUAGAUGCUCCAUGAAAAUUGACCUUCACAAGGCAUUUGAUUCAUUAGAUUGGAGGUUCAUUUUGUUGUUCUCAAAGCUAUUGAGUUUCCCCAACAGUUUAUUGCUUGGAUUGAAGAAUGUUUCUCUCAAGUCAGGUAAUUUGGACUCUGUGACUGGUGUGCUUAGUGUGCUUGAUCAAUUUCAUCAAAUUUCAGGUCUUAAGCUCAAUUCCUCUAAAUCUGAGCUCUUUGCUACAGGUAUUCCCUUAAGCAUGAUUGAUAACAUCAAAAGGAUCUAUGGCUUUAAGAUUGGUUCUCUUCCUGUCAAAUACCUUGGCAUUCCUCUUGUCUCUCGUAACCUCACUGAGAAAGAUUGUGAAGCUUUACUUACUAAAAUGAAACAAAGGUUGCAGCUCUGGAAGAUCCUAGCAGGAAAUGGAUCCCUUUGGGUAGCAUGGCUUAAUAAUUAUGUCCUAAAGAACCAAGAUUUCUGGCAUUUCCAAGCUGGAGCAACUACUAAAGAAAUCUGGGAAAUGACUCAAAUGCAAAAGCAAAAGGUUCCUUGGCAUAGGUUAAUCUGGUUUCCAAUGCAUGUUCCUAAGCACAAUAUGAUUGCCUGGAUGACCCUUCUCGACAACUUCCUACUAGAGAUCGUCUCCUAA